AUGGCCUCUGGUUCUACUUCUACCACCGGUCGGCCGAUGGAGUCCCGCACUGGCCGAAGCAAGCAGCGCUACAACUCGAAAGGUGAACGACUGGUUGCCGGCAUCGUGCCCCUCACGGCCGACAAGACCUAUGUUCUCCUGAUUCAGUCAACGCGAAGGAAGGGCUGGGUUCUGCCUAAGGGAGGGUGGGAGUCUGAUGAGGAGUGUACCGAAGCUGCGGCGCGUGAAGCUUGGGAAGAGGCCGGCAUAUCCAUCCAGAUCGACUACGAUCUCGGAGAUAUCGCCGAAACGCGACCGCCCAAGAAACCCUCCAAGGAUUCCACCAAGUCCAUCUACCGCUUUUACGAAGCUACUGUUACCAAGGAGGAAACCGAAUGGCCCGAGAAGCACAAGAGAGAACGACAGUGGUUCACCUAUGUCCAGGCCAAGGAGGCUCUCACUUCCCGACCUGAGCUCUUGGAGGCGCUGAACCGCUCAACCAUCAAGCGGUAG